AUGUCUCAGGUGGUCCUAGAAAUUGGAAAUGAACUCUCCAAAGUGGUUGGAAUGCACAUCAUUGAAUCAAUACUAAAAGACAGUACAGGAAUAUCCUGCAUCUGCAGUUCAUCUAACACUUGUCUACUGUACAGAUUAACUAGGACUUUGGACCAUUUGAUCUCUCUCUUGGCAUUCGACCCAGAAUUUUCUCCUCGGCUCCUAUUUCACGCUGUUCGAUGCUACGUCCUUCUCUGCAGUCGUGCAAGAGGACUAAAUGCUGUAAGAAAGAACCUGUCGAGGCACCUCCUUUGUGGAACUUUUCAAAAUGAAACCGAGGAAUUCCCGAUCAUCAAAAGUUUGGUUGAGCAACUGCUUCUCUUCGUUGGAGGAACUGAAGAUCUCCGCUUGCUUUCUCUGCCUGAUGAUACACUGUUUCAUCAGCCGUAG